CACUGCUUGACUGCUCUUGUGCCUAUCCUACGGCGAUUUAGUGUCCUUUCCCUCGCAUCUCUACCAGACAUUCCCUCCUUCUCCCUCUUCUUGUGCUACUCACUCCCCUUUCCUCUCUUUUCCCUUUCUUUUCCCGUCCUCCACCUUCCCGUCUCUACAGUCCAAGCUGUUCGUAUCAACCUGGUCGACCGCUGACUGUUUAUUGUUGCUUUCACACGUCUGUACACCACUGAUUUUGUCAGCCUUUGUAUCACCAUCGCCUUGUCAACAGCGCGACUACUAUUAUCCACUUGCCGAUGCCGCUCCCAACCUCGACUUAAUUCUUGGGAGCAUUCAGUCUGAGUCGCGCUCAGUUUGGUCCUGCUGCUCGACCGACUUGUCUUCACCCUUCCCCCAUCGCCAGCACACCCCCUGCGAUAGUCAGUCGUCAUCUCACGGUCGCCAUGUAUUCGCGGCCGCCAUCAGAAAUGGCGCGCAAUGUCUCCCACGAUAUUGGGUCCGAGCGUCCACGUUCGUCCUGGGAAUCACCGUAUCAACACCAACCCCGAAAUUUCCAACAUCCCCCUCAACGCUCACCGGCCGUGCCUGACCCGAUGGACCCCGAAUCUUCCGACAGCGAUGUCUCGGUGGGCGGAGGCGAUGAUUACCGGUUCGCCAGUCCGUUGACCGCGCCGAUUCCCCUGCCGCCACCAGCAUCAAAGCACGCCCUGGAAUCCCCCGAUGCCGUCCAAGCACGUCUCGACGAACUGCAGCGCGUCGAGGAUCACAACGUCAAGAAAUAUGAGAUGCUCAAGUCCAAGCGCACGCGGAAAGACGAGAAAAUCCGUCGUAGGCGGGAAAUCCAGGACAAGAAAUGGGCUCUGAUCAUGGAAGCGCGCCAACGCAGAGACGCCAGAAUCGAGGCACGCCGAAAGAGAGAAGAUGCGGCCUUCGCCCAGUUUGAUCAUGAGCUAGAGGAUGAAGAAAGUAAUCUCCGGCGCCGGCUGAAGCGACUCAAACGUGGACUACCACCAGACGACUCCCCAGCGCCAGGAGGCCGGAGCAUAUCUUCAUCGUCAAUGUCGCCGCCGGGUCCCGCGCUCUCGACCAUCCCCCCGCCCCCCAAACGCCAUCAAGUUGGUCCUCCCGGUCAACCUGAUGCCAUCAAUCCAGCUCACUCGCGACCUUCGCCACAAUUGAGUCGAGCAGCCCCGGCUCCGUCCUAUUCCUUCUAUCGCGACUCGUCGUCAACCUACUCGCGUCCGUAUCACCACUCGUCCUACUCCACCACGCCGACAAAUGCCUCCCCGACGAUAACGACGAACGGGUCAGGUCAUACCCCCCAACCCUCUGCCGAUCGGUCGCAACUGAACCAUCUAGCGCGGCCUGCUUCUCCUCUCACACGACCCGUCCCAAGCACUCAGUCACCAGCGACACCAGCGACAAACCCGAAUCCGCCGAGACAGAUCUAUGAUACCCGCCCACCACCCGCCACCACGUCUUCUGGAUUUGCUUCGAUCAACGCGCCGCCCACCUCGGGAUUUGCCACCAUCAACGCCAGAACGACCGCAACUCCACCAGCCUCCCACGGCCCCAUAUCAAGACCUCCGAACGAGGGAGAUCCCAACAGGACUCCUAACCAUCCAGCCAACAAUGGAGUCGAGCCCAAUCACUUCCACUCUUACCCAGGUGCUCCGAAUACGUCCAACCCUACGCCGCCGACUGGGAGUGGUGGCAAACGUACCCCCUCGACGACUCAUCCAUACCAGAUGUCCGAGGCAUUUGCAAACCGACACCACCACUGCGAAAGAGUCGACACCUUGAACCGUGGUAUCUGGACGUCCUAUGGGCUGGGAGGCACGGCCGAGCAUCCGACAGGACCUGCAGUCGAGAUGUACUUGCGCUGCAAUCAUGACGGAUGUUCACGUAUUGAUUGGCGCACCGUGCAUGGUCUGCAAUGCCACAUCGUCAAGAACCAUGAUCAGCCGAAGGGCACGAUCGGUAGUCUCGAUAAGGCGCUCGAGAGGUACGGCGUGCCGGUGAAAGAGGUAGAAGAUUUCGAAUUCCACCACGGUAGAGGUACUGCGGGCACGAUGGCAGACCCAAAGAACUUGAAGAUGAAGCUCAAGACCAAGGUCCAGAGUUUUGGGAGGGUCGGCACGCCGGGUUCGUUUGGUGUCGACCCCGAGACGAGACCGGCUGGCUACAGACCCAGUCCAGCUGCGACGGACGACAGUCCCACCAUGCCAGAUGGCCUCAAAAGAAGUCCAGACACAUCCAUGACAAAUGGCUUCCAAAAUCGCACCCUGGGCACCGAGAACGAAAGACGAUCUGCGCCUCAAACAGCAGCUGGGUCUCCUGCACUGACGCAUACCGCCGUCCGUCCCGGCUGGAUGGGCGUAAAUGCGCCGUCGUCAAUGCCGGCUACCGUUGAACCAGAACCAAAAAGUCUGCAGGGGGACUUCAGUUCGACUGAAACUCAGAGCAACGAGGACACAGCCAAUUCUCAACCCGCAAUUCCAUCGGGAGGGACUCUGCCUACCCCUCCUUCUACCAUCAGGGUUGCUACCUCACGACCAGAGUCUAGAGACACAAUCACAAUCGGUGACGCUGGGACAACUGCUCCCAACCAGCAAGCGUCUACUGCACCUAUACGCCCUGAACCAGCGGUUUCCUCAGCUCAAGCACAGCCAGAUGAAGUCAAGCGAGAAGAGGAGAAGCAGGAGGUGCAGCCUGCGGCACAAGAAUCCUCUAAUCUAAAAGCCAAGGACCAAGAUGUUCGGAUGACGGGAACUGCAGAGGAUAACCAAGCGAGGCCAGACGAGGCCCGAGUGAAUGGAACAAACAAUGCUGAGAAGAGUACAGCUCCUGAAAAGCCGGCUCGCGGACCAGAUUCGGGGGUGGAACACCCCAACGCAGCUGAGGUAGAUGGGAGCGUAGCAAAGGAUGCUAGCUCGGCCACUGCCCGGCGAUCCACUAUGCAGUCUCCCACAAUCACGACGAGGUCUCUCACUGCUACCACACCUGGUAGCGCACGACGGCCGAGCCGACGAUCCAGUGCAGCCCGAAAAUCGGUAGAUGUUGAUGGGGAACCCGUCAAACCUGCGAACGAAAACGACGACAAAGAAAAGGAGGAGAAGGAUGGUAAGGAUGAGAAAACCGAAAAGGAGAAUAUUCGGCUAGAACCUCGGCGGUCAUUGACUGGACGAAUCCUGCGAAGGGGGAGGUUUUAGUACGAUGCCCCGGGCAAUUCUUUGCAAAACGAGAACUGUCGGAUCAAUUGACCUGGCGAGAUGGCAGACCCUGUGAGCUCCGCCUUGAGCCAAUCCAACGGUUUUGCACCUGCUGUACAACAUGGAUUGCUCGUCUACGGACCUUGGCUAUGUGGACGGAAGGGGGAAUCUGCGCAACAGCAUCGAUCGGCAGGUAUGGAGUAUCUCAACACCAUUCUUGGAGGACAUGGACCGGUGUUUUAAUGGACUCUUGAGCUGGAUAUGGAUGAGACAGUGAGAUUUCAAGGGCUGGGUCGGGCGCGUGCAGCGGGAACGCGGAUUAUUGUCCAGGUUCCCAUUGGCGACUAAUUGGUUGGUGUCGCGGAUUUCUUUUGUUUGAUGCGCUUGAGAUUGCCAUGCGUGGAGCAAACUUUUAUGGAAUGUUGUGAUCAGCACCGUGGACCAAGAGGCGGCCGUGAUUUUUGAUUGUUUGGUUUGCGAUGCAGAGGAUAAGCGGGCUCUUCGACAGCUUCUUCGUUGUUUGAUGUGAUUCUGAUCAUUGCGGUCCACUUGGUACGAUGAUUUCGAGCAGUAUUGCAGUGUUGCAGUAGUCGUGCUUGUGUUUCCAAAUCCAGUGUUAUUUUCCUUUCUAAUCUUGAAGUGGUCUUGUCCUCUAUCGUUCCCUUACAAAUGCAC